UCCAACCUCACCCUUCUCCCACUUGUCUCUCAUUUUUCCCAGCCGAUCGCCGUGUGCAAAACGUGAAAGAGCAAUCCCUACUUUAAACCAAAGUUGCUCUUUGAUACAGCUGCUCUCAACUGAAUUUGCAUAUAAUGUCUGGAGAAGCCCCAUUUGCACCUUCUACGUCACCACCGCGACCACCGCAACCAACAAGCUUUACUGUAACCGGAGAACCGACAGACGAACCAAUGCAAAACAGCACUGAAAGCAGCGGCGGUCCGAAAUACCCUUCCAAUCCAACUACCGAAUCUCAGGCUCAGACGAAGAAUGAAACUGACAACAAUGGGAUUGCAGACAAAGCUGUGCAACAACAACAAGUCAACACAUCAUCGCCUGUUGCUACACCUACAUUAGCUGCCGCCAGUACCGCUCACAACAGCAAUAACACUAUGAAUAGCCCUUCAGGGGCAACCACGCAUUCUCCGAGCCAAUCUACACCGCCGCGCCAUCUACUCGACAAUGCAGUGCCGUCACCAACGGCAAGUCCCGCAUCAGAAAAUAUUACAACACAGCAACAACAGCAGCAGCAGCAACAGUCGCGAUUGGUGAGUCCGUCAUCUUCCGCGGAAGCAGCAGCAGCACGAUUAAAAGCAACGAGUCCUGCACCAUCGCAACCAACAGCCCCUACACAACAACUACUCCAUCGCACUGCUACUGCAAGUCCAAAAGCUACGUCUAGUCCUGCAAUAGCAUCGGCAACAUCACCUGUAUGGCCACCCACUUCAUCUGUUGCACCUAAUGAGUCAGCUUCACCCAUAUCAACUGCUGCUGCUGCUGCUGCUCCUACAACAACAGCAGCAGCCCCAAUCCCUCCUACAGUACAGGAACGCCAAAGAAGUUCAAUUUCGGAUGCUUAUCAACGUUCGUCUCCUGUCACACAACACGUUUCUGCCGCACCUGCUGAUUCACUACCAUCAACAGGAGCAGUUGCUGCUCCUGUACAGGAACAAGAGCCAAUGUCUGAUGUACGCUCAUCUCCACCGCCAUCACCUCAACGCACCCCACUAUCGAACGGCUAUCGACCACUUAAUGUCAAAGACGCAUUGACGUAUUUGGACCAGGUCAAGAUACAAUUUUCCGAUCAACCAGAAAUAUACAACAAGUUCUUGGAUAUUAUGAAAGAUUUCAAGAGUCAAGCAAUCGAUACACCAGGUGUCAUUGAACGCGUUUCGUCAUUGUUCCGCGGACACCCUUCUUUAAUAUCUGGCUUCAACACGUUUUUACCCCCGGGAUAUCGGAUCGAAUGCUCUGUGGAUGAACGUGCGCGUAAUAUUAUCAAAGUGACGACUCCUACAGGUACAACAACCACAACGGACGGCGAGCCAUUGAACCUCAACUCGGCAACAUCCGAAUCGCGUUACUAUCAGCCGUAUACGACGCAUCAACAACCUCCUCAACCACAGCAGCAGCCAAUACUUACGAGUGGUUACGCGAUACGGGAACAACCAGCUGGGAUGGGCAUGGCUACAUCGACUCAUAUUCCACCAUCACAACCACCGUCAGCAAUGACACCGUCUUCACAACAACAUCCAUACACAAAUCACCAUCAUCACCCCCACACGACACCAUCACCUUCAGGGCAGGAUGAUCCCAACUCGUCCCGAAAAGCACCUGUCGAGUUUAACCACGCUAUUAAUUAUGUGAACAAAAUUAAGAACCGAUUUUCUGGUGAACCCGACACUUAUAAGCAAUUUUUAGAGAUUCUGCAAACGUAUCAGAAGGAACAGAAGCCUAUCCAGGAAGUGUAUGCUCAGGUUCAAACAUUAUUCAAUGGUGCAAACGAUCUAUUGGAUGAAUUCAAGCAAUUUUUACCAGAAGCAUCUGGAGCUGCUCCUGGAGAUAUGUCUGUUUUCUUUGGAGCACAUUUACAAGGAAAACGGGGCUCUAUGAUGGUCCCUAGUCUUUCAACGAGUGGUAAUCGCAAGAAACGCAUGAGCGCUGCGGGUAUCAAUAGGAUGUCUAACGUUCGUGGUGGCCUGGAUACCGAUGACGACUUGCAGCCUUCGCGUGCAACUGUUUCUGCUGAAGAAGCCGAGUUUUUUGAACGCGUCAAGAAAUACAUUGGCAACAAGGCAACUUACCGGGCUUUCCUAAAGCUUCUCAAUCUCUUCAGCCAACAAAUUCUUGACCAGAACCUACUGGUUGCGCGUGUUGAAAGCUUUAUCGGCGGUAAUGGUGAGCUGUUUGAAUGGUUCAAGACGCUCGUUGGCUACGACACAAAGGAGGAUCUAUUAGACAAUGAACCGCGGUCUAAGGAAAAGCUGGAUUUGGCACUCUAUGUAUCUUAUGGUCCAAGUUAUCGUCGUGUGCCGAAAGAGCAGUGGCAGGAGCAAGCAUGCUCAGGACGUGACACUCUUUGCCGAGAAGUCUUGAAUGAUGAAUAUGUAUCCCAUCCACGCUGGGCAAGUGAAGAUAGCGAAUUUGUUGCAUCCAAAAAGAACCAUUUCGAAGAGGCAUUGCAUCGUGUGGAAGAAGAAAGAUACGACUAUGAUCUCAGCAUCGAGGCCAAUCUUAACACAAUUGCACUUUUGGAACCUGUAUCAAAGAAGAUCUCGGUCAUGAGUCUUGACGAGAAGGCUACUUUCCGUCUACCACCAGGGUUAGGUGGUCCUUCGAAAGCAAUCUACCAACACAUUAUCAAAAAAAUCUACGGUCCUGAGAGAGGCGUUGAAAUCAUUGAGCUUGUACACGACAAUCCUGUGCCAACAGUGCCUCUGUUACUCAAGCGCUUAAAGCAAAAGGAUGAUGAGUGGAAACGUGCACAGCGUGAAUGGAACAAAAUCUGGCGCGAGGUCGAGUCUCAAAAUUAUUACAAGGCAUUAGAUUAUCAAGGCGUCACUUUCAAGAGCAGCGACAAAAAAGCAAUGGGAACCAAGGCGCUUUUGGGCGAGAUUGAAAACAUCCGCAGCAUGCAGCCAGAAAAGCGUCUGUUUCUGAAAGGACGACCCAUGGUGGUACCUGAUGGUGGCAGCCGGUUACCCCCUCAAUUCUCAUUUUCGUUCAAAGACCAGCCGACUUUCAAGGACGUGACACGUCUUGUUUUAUCGUUCCUCGAGCGUCAAGACAUCUACAGCCAAGAAGAAUGUGACGGCUUACGGUCUGUGUUGGAGACGUUCGUGCCAGCCAUGUUUGACGUGCUGGAUAUCUCGCCAAGCACCGUGCUGCCGAAAGGCCGUGGUCAAGUAGAAGGAGACGAGGAUGAGAUGAUGGCCGAAGCUGACGAUGAAGGUGGUGAUGACGAACGGGGUAUGCCGUCGUCCUCUUAUGACUCGGACGGUGAUAUCGGUAUGGAUGAAGCCUCGUCAUGGCGCCGUUCAAUGCGACCCAACAAUGGCAAUAGCACCACCGACAAACAAGCCGCAGGUACGCAAUCCGGAUCAGCGUCAAGUCAAAACGAUACUGCUCAGCGCACAGCAGAAGAUGCGCCCAAUCUUAGUGGCGCUGUUGGAGGUGGUCCGUCACCACCGCCAGAAGAGGCGGUUGAUAACGACCCAUUGGACGAAGGCAAACCCAAACCACCAGUUAUCACCUUUUUUGGAAAUGACACAUUCUAUUGCUUUGUUCGCUUAUUCCAACUGGUCUAUACCCGCCUUCAGAAAAUGAAGUUGGCCGACAUUGCAUACCGCAAAUCCCCAGAAAGCACAAAACGAGCAAACAAGGCUGCCCUUGAUUUAAAUGCAGACAAUGUCGUUAUCCAUGAUGUUGAAAUGGAUUUCAGCCACGGCUACUAUCAUGCACUAUUGGACCUUAUCGACCUCUUCUUUGAUGGAACUGUUGAUCAAGCUUCAUUUGAGGAGUGUUCUCGUUACAUUUUCGGCUCGAAGGCAUAUAUAAUGUUUACUAUCGACAAGCUCAUUCUACUUUUAACCCGUCACAUGCAUCAUAUUAUGUCAGACGUUCGAUCUCGACAAUUGGUCGAACUCUUCCGAACUUACAGAAACCUUGAGCAUCCACCUGAUGCUCAACAGUUAGCAACAUACAAGCUGCGAGCCGAACAAGAUGUAAUUGGUCCAGAGCAAAACAUCUAUGGCAUUGUGUUUGACACUGGCACGCGGAUACUGUCGAUCCAGCUGCUUGAUCAGGAAGACUACCCUCUAGAGACCGACGCACGGACCGCAUAUAAUGACUAUAUUACAGACUUUGCCGACUUUAAUGUACCAACACGUGGAAUAGACGACCAGAAUCUCAAACAACAAUUCUUAAAACGAAAUGUUACGGGAAAACGUAAACGAGAAGACAAUGAAGACGCUUAUGUCUAUCCCGGAAUGCAGUACAAGAUAAGCAAGGAGUCAUACCACAUGUUUUACAUUAUCGACACAGAAGACACAUUUAUACGGAAACGGAGGGCGGUAGCACGAGAAGAAGAAGAAAAAUCAGCAGCAGCAACAGCAACAACAACAACAACGGAAGAGUCCAAAUGGCGAAGCUGGCUGGAGUCUGAGAAGGGUUGGAGUCGCGGUGUGGAUGACAAGGGGAAGGCUGAAAAGGAUGCCGAGGCAUUGCUUACCGGAAAGAAGACAGUCAAAGACAAGGAAAACGGUGGCGAUAAUGACAUGCAGAUAAAGAACGAUAUUGGGGACGAAGAGCAAUCAAAAGCAGCAGCAGCAGCAAUAGUGCCAUCAUCAUCCACACCACCAACAACCGCAGCAACAGAAGCACCGCCACCGUCUAUUACUGCUGACAAGGACGGACCAGCACCGGAGUCAAAACCAGCAGAGCAGAAAUCUGCUCCUGACAAGAGACCCAAAACCCCACCACCAUCACAAACAACAGACAGGAGCAAAAGCCCCGAACAACAACAAAUAGUACCAGAAUGAAAUGGUGUUGUCAUGUGUGAAUAAGACGUUAAAAAAAAGCAAAAUAAAUAUAUUUACAU